GCAGUGUAAGCGACCGGGGCAUCACUACACGCAUUACGCAGACGACAGAUUCUUAACUCUUUUUUUGGUAGUUUUGGAGUGUCAGAACCAUGAGUCGCGUUAACCUUGACGAACCUCGGUGGGACCAGAGCACGUAUGAGGGUCGUGCUCGUCAUUUCUUCACCACGACCAAUCCGAUGAAUCUGCUCUGCACUCCUGCCCAGCUAGAGAAUGCCAGAGAUGUUGUGACUAGAUAUAGGACAACUCCCGCUGUUGUGUUUUGGCAGUGGAUUAACCAGUCUUUCAAUGCAGUCGUCAAUUACACCAACCGCUCUGGAGAUUCCCCUAUUAGCGUGCAGACAACUCCCGCUGUUGUGUUUUGGCAGUGGAUUAACCAGUCUUUCAAUGCAGUCGUUAAUUACACCAACCGCUCUGGAGAUUCCCCUAUUAGCGUGCAACAACUGGGAACAUCCUAUGUAAUGGCCACCACUGGUGCCUUAGUCACUGCCUUAGGCCUCAAUAGCUUAGUCAAGUCCCUGCCGCCUCUGAUUGGCCGACUUGUCCCCUUCACAGCUGUUGCAGCCGCCAACUGCGUCAAUAUCCCCAUGAUGAGAAUGAAGGAGAUCCAGGAUGGCGUGACGCUCCUGGACAGCAAUGGUAACAAGUUGGGCGAGAGUAAAACAGCAGCCAAAAAGGGCAUUGCGGCUGUGUGUGUCUCCAGAAUUCUGAUGGCUGCUCCAGGCAUGGUCUUGCCCCCCAUCGUCAUGAAUGCCCUUGAGAAGCGGGGAACACUCAGGAGAAUGCCCUGGAUCUCGGCGCCUCUUCAGGUGGCUCUCUGUGGCUUGUGCUUGACCUUUGCCACGCCUGCCUGCUGCGCGCUCUUCCCCCAGAAGGCCUCGAUUGCGGUGUCGAGUCUGGAGCCGGAAGUUCAGGAAAAGAUUCGAGCACUGCCUGAUGCACCAGAAGUGGCUUACUACAACAAGGGACUAUAAAUCUGUACUCUGUGGUAAUAGUAGUUGUUUAAUUGUGUGAAAAUGUACCCCAGUGACACAAAACGCAGAAAUCACAAUAUGGUGUAAAGGUUGAAAUAGAUGUAUUUGGAUGCAAUGAUAUUUCUCUCACUCUGUCACAUAGAUGUACACAUUACACCUGCAUAACACCCUCGUGUGAUAACCAUAUAUAAUACUCAGAAACAAUGUACAGACACAUAUGGUUUCAGAGACCCAGAUGCAGCCACACAAACACAGACACAUAGACAUAUGCGCACACAGUCAAAUAUGCAUACAGUUGGAUGCGCAUACAGUCAGAUGCGCAUUCAGUCUGAUGUGCAUACAGUCAGAUGCGCAUACAAUCAUAUACACACACAGUCAGAUGUGCAUACAGCCAGAUGUAUGCACAUAGACAGCCAGAUCCACACACACACACACACACACACACACACACACACACACACACACACACACACACACACACACACACACACACACACACACACACACACACACACACACACACACACACA